UCCUCGGUUCGGAGCUGUGAUCCGCGCUCCGCCUGAUCCUCCAUUUCUACCCUGACUCUGAAAUCCACGGGUGGGAGCUCGACCCGGCUGUUAUAUCCGUCGGCAGGGAGUUCUUCGGACUCGAGAAGCUCGAGGGGCAAAUGAAGAACAGGCUGUUUAUCUACAUUGGAAACGCUUUGGACGCUGGGACCGAUAAUGGGUUUUCUGGGAUUUUGGUGGAUUUGUUCAGUAAAGGGAGCUUGAUACCUGAGCUUCAAGAGAAAUCGACGUGGGUGAAGUUGAAGCAGAGGCUGAGGAAAGGGGGGAGGAUAAUGGUGAACUGUGGAGGGAGCUGUGUGGAGUCUGAGGAUGGGAAAAGAGAUGGGAAGUUGGUAAUGGAGGAGACAUUGAGAGCGAUGAGUGAGGUUUUCAGUGGUGACGACGGGCUGUGGGUUUUGGACCUUGGGUUGAAGGAGGAGGAUAGUUGUGUAGCGUUGACGGGGCCGAGGCCGGAUUCCGGCGAGUGGAAGGGGAAGAUGGUGAAGGGGUUGAGGGGGUUUGUUGAUAUGUGGAGGGCUUAUCAAGGUUAGCUUCUGGUUGCAUAUUUGGUGUUUGAUUUAAUGCCCAUUUCAAUGUUCUUUUUUGCUCAUCUUAUGUUUUGAAAGUUCUGUGAGAUGUAUUUGAGUUAAAAACCAAAACGGCCAUGUUAAAAAUUUUAUUAGAAGCAUAUGACCAGUUAUUAAUUGUCAUGUUAUGCGCAGAUAGCUUCUUCAUGUUAAUUUUCAGUCUUGUACAAAUUCUUUGAACUUUCCUCCAAGAUUUUGUUACUGCAGAUUCUUAUGGUUCUUUCACUAAUUACUCAUUACUGUGAUUUAUUCCAAUCCAAUUGCUACAAUUUUGUCAAUUUUCAAUCAAAGUUGACCUCUAGAGAGAAACAAGCGACCAAUUUUAUGCAGGCUCUGACCAUUUCUGUUUUAGUUACUCACAUCUAUUAGGCUCACCUACAAUUCUGGAACUUGAGCAAUGAAUCAGCUAAUCCAAUGACAUGAAAUUGGGGUUUAGCUAAGAAUAAAUUACUAGCUAAAAUAUCUUGUGAUCAAUAAUCAAAUUAUUCUUAUUCUUAACUAACAACUGGUUAAGAGAUGAAGCCGGAGAAUUGUUGGUCUAUUUACCUGUUGACUCGGUCACCUACUUCAUGCAGACCACUAACUUACAAAAUAAGAGGUAGUUAUCCAAUCCAACCUCCUCCUCCCCUUUUUCCAUUUCCGAGCCCCUGCCAAGGGACCGGAAACAACAGAGAGAGAAGGGGGGAAAUAAAAAACGAAAAAACUGGAAAAAUAAAAGAAAAAAAACCCAAUAAAAAAGAGAACUCUAACAAAUGGGUCCAAGGAUGUUGGACCUCUUCCUCCCAGUUAUUUUCCUGAU